AUGGAUAAUAACAAUAAUAAUAAUAAUAAUAAUAAUAAUAAUAAUAAUAAUAAUAAUAAUAAUAAUAAUAAUAAUAAUAAUAAUAAUAAUAAUAAUAAUGUUAAUAAUAAUAAUAAUAAUAACAAUACUAAUAAUAAUAAUAAUAAUAAUAAUAAUAAUAAUAAUAAUAAUAAUACUAAUAAUAAUAAUAAUGUUAAUAAUAAUAAUAACAAUACUAAUAAUAAUGUUAAUAAUAAUGUUAAUAAUAAUAAUAAUAAUAAUAAUAAUAAUAAUAAUAAUAAUAAUAAUAAUAAUAAUAAUAAUACUAUUAAUCCAAUUAAAUUUUUAAAAAGAAAAUUAGAUAAUGCUAAUGAAGUUUCCGUAUGUAACAUUAAUUCCGAGAUUGAAUUACUCAUUAAAAAAAAGGAAGAAGAACACAAAGAAAUAAUUGAAGCAUUCCAAUUACACACAAAUAUUUUAAAUGAAAAAACAUUAGAAGUACAAAAUAAAAUUCAAUCCAAAAAGAUUAAAAUGUGUGAAGAAGUUUCUGAAAUUUUCGAAAAAUACCAUUUAGCAUCAAAUGAGAUGAUUCAAAUUAGUGAAGUCCAUGCUAAAAACAUUCAAAAAAAUGAAGAAUUACAAUUUCAUUUGGGAUUACACAGAACACACAGUAUUAUUAUGAAAAAUAGAAAUAGAGAAAUUAAGGAAACCAUAAGAGCUAAUUUAUUAAGAAUAGAAAGUUUAAAAAGGGACAUCCAAUUAGAAGAAACUGCCAAAGAAAACUCUUAUGACAGAAUGGAUGAAUAA